AUGGCGAACUACCUCGCCAGCAUCUUCGGCACCGAAGCCGACAAAGUAAACUGCUCAUUCUACUACAAGAUCGGCGCCUGCCGACACGGGGACCGCUGCUCGCGCAAACACGUCAAGCCCUCCUACAGCCAAACCAUCCUCCUCCCAAACCUGUACCAGAACCCGGCCUACGACCCGAAGAACAAGAUGAAUGCGAGCCAGCUGCAGAACCACUUUGAUGCCUUCUAUGAGGACUUCUGGUGUGAGAUGUGCAAGUUUGGCGAGAUUGAGGAGGUGGUGGUGUGCGAUAAUAACAAUGACCAUCUCAUCGGCAACGUCUACGCACGCUUCAAAUACGAAGACUCGGCGCAAAAGGCCUGCGAUGCGCUGAACUCGCGCUGGUACGCAGCACGCCCCAUCUACUGCGAGCUCUCGCCCGUCACCGAUUUCCGCGAAGCCUGCUGUCGGCUGAACAGUGGAGAAGGAUGUGUGCGAGGCGGCUUCUGCAAUUUCAUUCAUAGGAAAAAUCCUAGUGCUGAGUUGGACAGAGAGUUGGAGUUGAGUACGAAGAAGUGGUUGAGGAUGAGAGGCAGGGAUGAGAGGAGUAUGAGCAGGAGUCCAAGCCCGGAGCCGACGAGGAAGAGGUAUUAA